AGUGUCUAAAUGUUUCUGCUGAAUUCUUGCUUAAUUCUGAAGGAAAGGGAAUGGACAAAGACAUGGACCAGCUGUUCGAAAAUAAAGCUGAAAUAGUAGAACCUGGGAGAAGUUAAAUUUUGUAAGCUAUUAUUUUCUUCACAAAACCCCUGGGAAGUAUUAAACAGCUGCAUCUGAGUUGACGAACAGCAACUAAGACAGACCAAGUGAAAGCAAAAGACUUUCUAGAACUCUACUUCAACUAAAGAAACAAAGUGACUUAAGAAAUCUUUCAUGGUUAUGUCGAUAAAAUAUCAACUGUAGUCUAUGGUCUCUAUUUAUUUGCUGCAUGGUUCCUUUAGCAAAGUCAGAGACCUACUUAACGGAAGUAUUGGAAAAUAUAUGUGAUAGAAUGAAUGAUUACCAACUGCAAGUGGAUCCUCAAACCCAAAAAAGGACAUUCAAGAGAUUUGCUCCUAGGAAAGAUGAGAAAAUCUAUGCAGAUUUUAAAAAAUUCUAUUUUUAUUCUGAUGCUUACAAACCUUUGAAAUUUGCGUGUGAAAGUAUUAUAGAAGAGUAUGAAGAUGAAAUUUUCUCACUUAUCGCCCAGGAGGCAGACUAUCUAGCUGACAAGCUGUGCAGUGAAAAAUCAGGUCUUUGUGAAGAAUCUGCUACGCACACUGAGCUAUAGCAUCGAUAAACUAUGAAUUUUACAGAGCGAAGUAAGAUGACAACCACAAAAAAAUCUUCCUGUGUAAUCAAAUAGUGAUUCUCUGCCUUUUUUGCCCCUGUAAUAUCUUUUAUUUUUUACAUUGAUAUUUUUAGAUGUGCGUAAGUUCCUGUUUGUUUAAUUUUUUUAUGUUUUCAUAUUAAAAUAUUUAAACUGAAAUUUGCAUGGCUUUGGCAAGGAUCUUAGGUUUAACAUGUAAUUAAUUAUUGACCAUUUCUAUAGGUAAAACAAUUGACAUCUCAAGAUAUUCAUGCCAGGUGUGUUAAUUUUGACAAAACCAAUGUCUGAUUGUAAAAAAAAAAAAAAAAAAAAAAAGGACUAUUUGAGUGUGAAAAUUAUGGCUCUUGUUUAACUGAAACAAAUACCUAAUACAAUUUAAGUAAAUCUGUUAUUGUUCUUGUGCAUUUGUCCUUUGUUAUAACAAAUGGUUGAUUCCAAUGUAUUUCCAAGUAUACAUGAACAAAUUUUACUACAAAAUAGUUUUGAGUACUUUUUAGCUUCAUAUUCUCCCUAUGGAUGAAAGUGAGAAUCUUUCCAAAUAUUUAUCCUUUCCCUUAUAAAUUAUAUAAGCUAAUGAAACACACAUGAUUUCUUUAAAACAAGCCAUUCACUUAAAAUUUCCAACCCUAAGUUUCAGAACUUUAUGUACAAUGAAAAGUUGAACAAACAUUGAAAUAUUUAAUCUGGUGGCAAAGCACUACUGAUGCAUGCUGUAAGUGUUCAGAAAGUCUGCAAUCAAAAGAUAUUAAAAAGUGAUCUUAUUUAACAUUAAUAAUUACUGUAAUGGCAUUCAGAUUUUAAACCAGCUUUUCAAAUGGAGAAAGAUGAAAGUACCCUUAAUAUACUCCACACAGGUAAAAUGCAUCUAGUCAUUUGUUUUUAGUGCAAGGUAUUUACUAACUAACACAAAGUAUUUAUUUAUAUUUCCCAAUAUUUUAUAAUAAAAUUGUCUAGUCCAGUAGCUAUGGGAUAUAUUAAUAAUCUAGCUAUCAAAAUCUUUGUUCACUGUCUGAAAAAUUCUGCUUAAAGUUAUUUGUCUUUGAUUAUUAAAAAUACAUGAGCGCAUUGUGCAGUCGUUCCACACACAGAACACCAAUGGUUGUAAAUUGGAGUUUAGUGUGUGGAAUAUUCCCAAUAGGACUCUGUAUGUGAAUAUUUGGUUAGGUCUCAAAUAUCCUGUGAAAAUAUUAUAUUGAAAGACUGAACAACUUAGUUGUGUUUUAAGAUUAUCAGGAUAGCUCAUCCAAAACAUUAUGAAGGUUCAGUAGAAUGUUCAGAGGAAAAAGAGAUUGGUUUAACCUAAAAAGAGUUCUUAAAAAUUUAUGUCACCAUAGUUGCAAUUUGACUACCAUCUAAGGUAUAUAAACUGACAUACAGUAUUAUGCAAACAAAUCAUGCAUACUGACUAAAAGAAAGUAUUAGUAUGUUGUAUGAUUUAAUGUUCUUUAAAAGUGUUAUACUUUUUUUUUAAAUGUGAAAUAUUUUCUGCCAUCUCCUGUUGACAGUCCAGUGAAAUAGAACAGAUUAGCACGAGUUACAGUUUGAAUACAGCAAAGCAAUAAUACUAUGUAAAAGGGAAACAUUUUCCAUAGUUAAAGAACAUUUCUCAUUUUUCAAUAAUAUAGUUGAACUAUAAGCUUGCAUGUAUAUAUAAACAUUCCAUCGAGAGCAAAAAAGUUACAUUAAACUUUAAACUACAUUUCUAUUACAUUAUUUAACAAACGUGCAAAAUUGGUCAACUUUUACCAAGUGGAGGACAUGAUAAACUGAUUUGCUUAGCAAACACUCUGAAUAUGAACCAUAAACAGUUAGGUUUCCAGUUAGUUUCAUUUAGACUCAUACAGUAGGAAAAGGCCGUCUAGCCAUGUUUAAGUAUAAAAUUAAAUUGAAAGGGUCGAAUUCCUCCCAUGUUUACACUCCAUGCAAUCCUAUUGAUUUUUUUGAGAGGAUGGUAAGGGCAGAAUUUGGUUCCAAGUGUAUUAUUAAAAAGAAAUGUAUUAAUAUGUUAUAAUAAAGAGACACGCAGUCCAUGUGGAAUCUCAUCUAUUUAAAAAAAAUAGUCAGAAGUGGUUUCAAAUAGUACCUCUUAGCUGCCCUGCCAGUUUGGGGGAUUUGACAAUCACAGUUUCCUCUCUCUUAAAUAAAUAAAUAAAAAUUUAUUUUUCUCUCCAUUACUGUGUGAAAGACCCAUACAAAAAACAAAGGAAACUGAUUAUACAGGAGAAACAAACCAACUGAUUAGGUAUUUGACAGAACUUUUUUUUUUAAAUAAAGUAAACAAAUUGGGGGAUGGAGUAGAGGAAUAGAGGAAAUAUUUUCCUCAAAUCUUUCUCAGUUACAUUAAUCGUAGGUGUUGCUUGUAAUAAAUAUUUUCAGACUUUUUUUCCAUGCCCCUUUAAAACGUUGAUGCUGUGUUAUACUUUCUUGCCUAAGCGCUGAGAAUCUUUUGUGAUAGUGCCGUGUACUUACAGGAUAUGAAUGAAAUUCUGACUAUCGGUCUGGGGUGUUUUACUAUUCAUUGACGGCCAUAUGCCGUCUUCAAUCCUUGCAUACAACCACUGAGGUCAGUGUGAUUUCUGCUGCAUCUAGAAGAUAGUACCAGUAUAUGGCCCUUCAAUAAAGAAUCUUUCUGCACAUUUGCACCUGUUUUUAUAUUUCACAGUGAAAACAAUAUUGGGAGCCUUUCAUAUCGAUACUUUAGUAUGUUGGUUAUAAAAGGUAGGCCAGAGUCACCACCACAUCACUCCAGUUUUACGCCAGCAUAACUCCAUUGAAAUCAGUCCAGUUGCUCUACUGUAAAAAUGGAGUAACACAGUAGUGGAUCACACCCAAUAUCUUCUGUGACCAGCUUGGAAAAGACUUUUGUGUGAAUUUUCAUCUCAUGUUAGUACUGUUUUGUUACUGCAAUUACUAUGUACUGAGAAAUGUACUUAAUCUUUGAGGCUCUCUCUAAAGCAUCUUAAUUAUUGUUCAGUGAGAAGUGUUGUGCCUAAUAAAAUACUGCAUGCAUUUUA